AGGCCAUGAGGGCGGAGCGGAGGUUUCCAUGGCGACGGCAAACAAGGCCCUGACUGGAGGGCGGCUCCUGGGCUGCUUCUCCCGCCGCCACCAUGAUUCCCCCAGCGGACUCUCUGCUUAAGUAUGACACCCCGGUGUUGGUGAGCCGGAACACUGAAAAACGGAGCCCCAAAGCUCGGCCACUGAAAGUCAGCCCCCAGCAGCCUGGACCCUCAGGUCCCGUCCCACAGCCACCCAAGACCAAGCUCCCCUCAACUUCCUGUGUCCCAGAUCCUACAAAGCAAGCAGAAGAAAUCUUGAAUGCCAUCCUGCCCCCAAGGGAGUGGGUGGAGGACACACAGCUAUGGAUCCAGCAGGUGUCCAGCACGCCCAGCACCAGGAUGGACGUGGUACACCUCCAGGAGCAACUGGACCUGAAGCUGCAGCAGCGGCAGGCCCGGGAGACCGGCAUCUGCCCAGUGCGCCGGGAGCUGUACUCACAGUGUUUCGAUGAGCUGAUCCGCGAGGUCACCAUCAACUGUGCGGAGCGGGGGCUGCUGCUGCUGCGGGUGCGGGACGAGAUCCGCAUGACCAUCGCCGCCUACCAGACCCUGUAUGAGAGCAGCGUGGCGUUCGGCAUGAGGAAGGCGCUGCAGGCCGAGCAGGGGAAGUCAGACAUGGAGAGGAAAAUUGCAGAGUUAGAAACGGAAAAGCGAGAUCUGGAGAGGCAAGUGAACGAGCAGAAGGCAAAAUGUGAGGCCGUUGAGAAGCGGGAGAGCGAGAGGAGACAGGUGGAGGAGAAGAAACACAAUGAGGAGAUCCAGUUCCUGAAGCGGACGAAUCAGCAGCUGAAGGCCCAACUGGAAGGCAUUAUUGUGCCAAAGAAGUGAUAAUUUCCACGUGGGUCUCGGCAAGCACUAACGACCCCAUCAUAAGCCCUUUGUAAUAAAAAGCUAGUUUCCUGCGUGAAGGAAGCCA